GGCCAGUCAGGUCGUUGUAACACGCACAACUCUACACGCCAUCGCUCUCAUCUUUCUCUGCUACUGCUACGCCAUUUGCCCCUAUUUUGUUCUCUCUCUACACACAGACGUAGCCCUAAUUUUCUCCGUUUUCCUCUAACCCAAUUGCUCUUUUGGUGCAUAUAUUCCUAUAAGAAGAAGAAGACGACGACAUGACCUGACCUGACUUGACUCGACCAAAAACUUAUCAUGUGCCUCCGCCUUCUUCUUCGCCGAAAGGUACCUAAGUUAGUUUUUCACUAAAACUUGAAGAAAUUUCACAGACAGGAAAGUCCAACAUCAGUUUGUUGAGAGUGAGGAUAUAGGGACUCUUGCUACUCCAAGGAUUCCCUAUGGUCAACUUUCUUUCAUCUGCAUUCUCCGUCUUUGAAGCACAUAGUGAGUCAUCGUCGCCGGUUGCCUGUGAUAAGAAGUCGAUUCGUUCAAGAUACGCUAAGUGGACAACAGCUGUGAGAAAGGCUGUGACUGGUGGCUCAAUGAGAAGAUUUCACGAGCGUAUACUUGGAUCUUCUAGAACUGGCAUAUCUAACUCAACCAGUGACAUAUGGCUUCUUGGUAUAUGUUAUAAAAUCUCCCCAGAUGAUUCCUUUGUAGAUUUUCCCACUAACGGUGGCUUAGCAGAUUUUGAAAAUGACUUUUCAUCAAGAAUUCUAAUGACAUAUCGUAAAGGUUUCACUGCUAUUGAAGAUUUAAAGUACACUAGUGAUGUAAACUGGGGUUGCAUGCUUCGGAGUAGUCAGAUGCUAGUGGCUCAGGCUUUGGUUUUUCAUAGACUGGGACGAUCUUGGAGAAGAUCAUUACAAAAGCCCUUGGACCAAGAUUACAUUGACAUUUUGCAUCUAUUUGGCGAUUCGGAAGCAUCACCUUUUUCCAUCCACAACCUUCUUGUAGCUGGAAAGGCUUACAACCUUACUGCAGGAUCAUGGGUGGGCCCAUAUGCUAUGUGUCGCUCAUGGGAAACUCUAGUGAGAUGCAAGAGAGAGAGCAGUGACUUUGAGAACCAGCCACUUCCCAUGGCUGUUUAUGUUGUUUCUGGAGAUGAAGAUGGCGAACGAGGUGGAGCCCCAGUUGUAUGUGUUGAAGAUGCCUUUAGACACUGCUCUGAGUUUGCCAGAGGUCAAGCAAAUUGGACACCUAUUCUUUUAUUGGUCCCUUUGGUUCUCGGACUCGAAACAAUCAAUCCCAGGUACAUACCAGCUUUACGGGCUACAUUCACGUUUCCUCAAAGUCUUGGUAUAAUGGGUGGUAGACCUGGUGCGUCAACUUACCUUGUAGGUGUGCAAGAUGAUAAAGCAUUUUACCUUGAUCCUCAUGAAGUGCAGCCGAUAAUUGAUAUUGGUAGGAAUAGUGUAGAGGCUGAUACUUCAUCUUACCACAGCAGUGUCGUGAGGCAUGUCGCCCUCGAUUCCAUUGAUCCAUCAUUAGCAAUUGGAUUUUAUUGCCGUGAUAAAGAUGAUUUUGAUGACUUUUGUCUCCGGGGGAACAAGUUGGCAGAAGAAUCAAACGGUGCACCAUUGUUCACAGUGACACAAAGUCUGCCAAAGCCCGUUAGCCACAGUAAUGUCUUGGGUGAUAGUAGCGAGGUCAGUGAUUCUUUCGAAGCACUGCCUAGUAACAACGCAGAUGAUUGUUCACACGAAGACGAGUGGCAACUGCUUUGAAAGUAAUCUUGGUAGUUUUAACCGCUCCUACUUUAGUAAUUCGGUAGCUGGCUGGCAUCGGAUUGCAAACCUUGUACAUUGUUGGUUUGGCUGACAUGAUUGGUCCUCCCAAGUGAGCUUUACCGGAACAGCAGCACGAUUGCAAACGAGCUCAUUUUCAGGGUGAGAUUUAAAAGUUGGCAUUUGUAAAGUAUUGAAUUGACUUAUUGUGAUGUUUAUUCUUUGUUCAUGUUCAUAUAAUUGGUCCCCAAAAAAAGUGCAGUUGUAUGAUAAUUUAAAAUAUUUUUAUGUUAUUUUUUUACUCGGUAGUGGAUGAUAAGGUAUGUUUGGAUAA